AUUCAACACAUUUCCCUGUUCCACUGCAUCGAGCAAAAAUUGACUAAACAACCCCCAGGAUGGAGAGUAUUGACCUCGAUAUGGAUGAUCUCUUUGAUGUUCGUGGUGACAUUGAUGAGGAUGCAGCUUUUCCGCCAUCACCUACUGGAUUUGGAGACAACGAGGCUCCUGAGAGUGGUGGUGCUGGUGGUAGUGGUGGUGAAGGAGAAGAAAAUGAAGAGGGUGAAAUUCAAAGUCAAGUCAUCCAGAGGUUACGAGACAUGUCUAAAGGUGCAGGAAAACGAGUGAUAAGGAAUCCACAACCCAAGUUAGAUGCAGACAGGUUAAAUGGAGAUCGAGGGAUUGCUAUUCUUCCAAAAAUAUUCAAGGAUUUCAAGCUCAAAGGACCAGGGCAUGAGAUUGAUGAUCUAAAUGUCAUGAUGAGAAAGAUGGAACACUGGGCACAUCGCUUGUACCCAAAGAUGACCUUCGAUGAGGUGAUUGAGCGAGUCGAGAGACUAGGUGGGAAGAAGGCUGUACAGACGACCAUCAAGAAGAUUCGACUUGAUAUUCCAUUGCUGGACGAGGAAUUUGGUAACGGAGAAGAUGGCGAAAAGAAAUCUGGUGAUGAAGCGGACGAUCGGAAGGACGAAUCAGGCGAUAAGCUCGGAUAUCCAGAUGAGGUCGAUUUGAUUGAUUCCGAUGCUGAGAAUGUCCUUGAUGAGAUGAUACGAGAGGACUCCACAUUCACACAGCCUGUUACGGGUACUCCUGCUCGGAAAGAUAAACCACUCCCCUCAGAGCUGAGCACUCCUCGAGAUAGUGAACCAUCGACACCAAUUCUGUCGCAGACACCACAAUCCAAUACCAUAAAUGUCACAGCAGCUUCACCAGUUCUCACUGAUGAAGUAAAAGAGAGAAUAGAGCGAAAUAAACGAUUGGCCCUGGAGAGACGACAAGCUAGGCUGAAGGGACUGACGCCAGCUAAAACUGGUACUGUGUUGACCUCAGCCACACCAAGUAGUCAGGCUUCUCAAGUAGAAUUUAGUCAGCCUUCUCAAACUCUAAAGGAUUCUCAAUCCACGGAUACUGAGAUCCCAAAAGGAACUGAAAAGGAUGGUGAUAAAAAAUCGAAUGAUUUUCCCUCUGAGGAUCACAUGCACCUUUUUGUUGAUGCUACCAUGGACACCGAAAAUCAUUCAGGUGCUACAUGUGAGUCGAAAGAAAGUGGUUCAGAAGAGAAGCUUCAUUUGUUUGUUGAGGAAACUAUGGAAACUGAAAAGGAUAAAGAUGCUCAGUCAAAUGACUCUGUAGAAAAGGAUGUGCAAUUGUUUAUAGAGCCAACAAUGAAGACAGCAAAAAGUGAUGCUCAGCUAAAAAGUAGUUCUGAGGCUUUGCAUUUGUUUGUUGAGCCUACCAUUGAAACAGAUACAUGUGGUUCUCUCAAGGAGACAGAAUCUGAUCCUAUAGAAAGUGCUAUGGAUGAUGACCUUCACUUGUUCAUGGAGGAGACCGCAGCAACUGAAAAAGAGGAGCAGAUGAAAGACACUAAAGCUAAAGAAGGUGUUUUAGUGGCUCAUGAUUCAUUAGUAAAUGAAACUGAGCCACUGGGGGAAUCGGGGGAUUUCAAACGAAAUUCUGUGGAAAAGGAUGAGAAUGAAAUGACUGAAGGUGAACUGCAUUUAUUUCUUGGGGUAACUGAAUCUGUCAGUGGCAAUACUGAAAGCAGGGUUAGUGCUGGCUCUGUGGAGAAGUCUGACCAAGCAGUUGGCUCACAAAAUAUGACUGAUCAGGACGACGAUGAAGAUGAGCUGCGUCUGUGUAUUGAUUCAACUGAGGAGAGCCAGGAGGAAGAAAUGGACACUGGUGUUUAGCUAUAGUGAUCCAUGAAAUAGUACCCUCAUUUGAUAGUGUCUGAGGCUUCUGGAGAGCCACUCUCCUCAUGGUUGUGACUUUGUUCUGAUCUCCACAUUGUCAGUUCUUGCAUCAUGAUUGAGACAAUACAUACAACCUGUCUUCUCUGGAGAAACUUUUGGUACAUACAUUGUAUGCAUGCUACUCCUUGUAUCAAUGAA